ACAUAUGUGAUUCUAAAUUUCUUUGAUGGCGCUAGAUAAUUAUUUUGAUAAGGUACGAGGUUAUCAUCCCGGAAUAUUAACAAAUGUGGCACGUGUCUUAUUAAACGCCAAGUGCACUUCCCCAGAGCGCACCAUGACGCUCUCUCAGAUACGUGUUGGGUACAGACUACUGACUGAAGAUAAAUUUCCCAGCAUGGCUGAUCCUCGCGUUGAAAUGCUGUUUCUGCUCUUAAUUCCAUUUGUCGCUUGUUUUACCAAUAAGCAUGGAACAUAUCAUUUCUACAUAACUCGUCUAAAAGAGUCAUAAAAGUUGGCGCUGUGGAUUUAAUUGGCAAUAUAUAUACAUUUAGAACAAUUUAGUGUUACAGUUAGUUAAAUUUUAAUGUUUCUUAUUUCAUAAAAAAACA